AUGAAAUUAUCGCAAAGCGAUGAAUGUAAUAAACUGAUUAGUAAAAAGAUAAGCGCUUACAACGAUAGUGAUCAAUAUCAUCAUGCAUCAUCCUCUCGUCUUCAAUCAGCAGAAUCUUCAUGGACUCGUUGUUUGCAAUUGUUAUUUUGCUCAUGGAUGGAUCCUACUCUUUAUGUAGGUUACAAACGAUCACUGACAGAAGAUGAUCUUGAUGGUUUGCCACACAAAGAUAAAGCAUCGAUUGCCUUCAAUCGAUUCGAUUCCUACGAUUGGGCAACAACAUCUACAUGGAGAUUGAUCAUUCGCGAGUUUUGGAGAGAUUAUCUUGUCUUUGUCGUCUUUUGUUUACCUUACAUAUUCGUACGUGUGUCACAACCACUAUUGUUACGUGAAAUUGUUCUCAGUACCAUGAAUGAAAACACUUCUCUCAUCACUAUUUGCUUCCUUGUGCUAUUACUUUGCUCAUGUGGAAUUGUUCAAGUUCUGCUCGAUCAUCAGAUAUAUUUUUAUUCAAUACGUAUCGGGGUACGAAUUCGUAAUGCGCUCAUGACUCUUAUCUAUCGAAAUUCACUAUCGAUGAAAAUAACCGUUUCACAAACGACGAACAUUGGUCACAUAACUAAUCUUAUUUCCGACGACGCAUCUCGAUUCGGAGAGAUAUGUACACGAUUGCAAUAUUUAUGGGUGGCGCCUAUUGAAACUUUGAUCAUAUUUAGUUUACUCUGUUGGAUUAUCAAACCAUUGCCAGCUAUUUUGAGUUUUAUAUUACUUGUCCUGAGUAUCAUCAUACUGUCACUUAUCAGUCACUGCCUCAGUGAUUAUCGACACCGGAAAACAGUUUAUAGUGAUAAACGUGUUCAUGCUUUUAAUGAAUUCAUUCACGGAUAUCACAUAAUCAAAAUGCACAACUGGGAAAAGUCGAUGGAAGAUCGGAUUAGGAAAAUACGUCAGGACGAAGUUAACAAUUUAAAUCGGUAUUUUUCGAUACGUACCAUCAGUACAAUACAUUCCUUCAUCAUAGUACCUGCAUUGGCAUUCGUUACAUUUAUCACCGCAUGGUUAUUAGACUAUCCGCUCGAGGCAGCAGAUUGUUUUUCAACUCUUGCCUUUUUCGGUUUGAUACGAAAUCAAAUCAUGUUUUUCGUACCAGCAAUUACUGACCGACUAACGGACAUCAUAGUCGCAUCGAAAAGAAUUGAUGCAUUCAUGCGCUCAGCAGUAUCCCAAUGUCGUUCUGCGUCUACAGCAUUCUCGUCGAUUGAAUCGGUUCGUGGGCAAAUUUCGAUGUCAGAUGCUUCUUUUUCAUGGAAUACAGACCAAUGCUGUCUCUCAUCGCUCGAUAUCCUCAUUCAACCGCAAACAUUUGUGGGUAUCGUUGGACCAGUUGGUUCCGGAAAAUCCUCGCUACUCGUCGCUAUUUUGGGUGAACUCAAUCUAUUGCAUGGGCAACUCAUUUCGAAUCAUAAUUCAUUUGCCUAUACAUCACAAUCGCCAUGGAUCUUUUCAGAUACUAUUCGAAACAAUAUCCUUCUCAAUCGACCAUUCGAUGAACGACGCUAUCGAAAUGUGAUCUAUGCCUGUUGUCUUGAUGUGGAUAUUCAGUCAUUUGGAACGAGUGGCGAUCUAACAAUGAUUGGAGAGAGAGGUGUGAAUCUGAGUGGAGGACAAAAAGCUCGAGUUUCGUUGGCACGAUCUGUCUACAGUGACGUUGAUGUCUACUUGAUUGACGAUCCGCUAGCAGCCGUGGAUGGAAUUGUUGCGAAACAAAUCUACGACCGAUGUUUUAGUUCACAAGGCUUGUUGAAAAAUAAAACUCGGCUUUUAGUUACUCAUCAAACACAAUUUUUAGCUGAUGCAGAUCAAAUUCUCUUUCUUUCACAGGGCCGCAUAGAUAAUGAAGGUCGCCUAGAUGACUAUACACAUACGCAAGGCAUGACUGAUACAAAAGAAGUUUCAGAGAUGGAUUGUUUACUAGAUGAAAGUACAUCGGCUGCGGAUACUCGAUCAAUCAUUUCCGAAGAAAGGUCAGUGACUGGAAACGUCAAUUGGAAUGCAUGGUUUUGCUUAUUCACUGCUCCACCGUUCGGUAUUUGUGGAUUGUGUGCGCUCGUUAUCCUAAUGGUGGUGGGUGAAAUUCUCUACGAUGGUACCAACUAUUGGCUUAGUAUCUGGUUGAAAGAGUCGCACGCAGAUCAACAGAAACUUCCAACGUUUGCCUACACUUACCUAGAACUAACGCUUGGCAUCGUUCUCUCUGAUAUUCUUCGUACAAUAGUCUUCUUCUCUAUUUUCUUGCAUGGUGUCAAUCAUUUUCAUGAUCGAAUGUUAAAAGCAUUGCUGUACACAUCAGUCGAGUUCUUCGAGAGUAAUCCAAGCGGACGAAUAUUGAAUCGUGUCAGUAACGAUCAGAAAGUGAUUGAAGAGCCAUUACCUGCCAUGAUGAUCUCCUACAUAAAACUGUCUUUGAUGUCGAUGGGUUCGAUUGUGAUUAUCUGUCUUGUCAAGCCGUAUCUGGUGUUGGUGGUGAUUGCGUUAAUACCAAUAAUUGUAUUCGUGUGUCGUUUCUACCUUAGAUCGAAGAAACAGUUGAAAAAAUUGGAAAGCAUCACUCGUAGUCCAGUAUACGACCUACUUUCAUCGUCACUCAAUGGUCUAGUCACACUUCGUGCUUUUAAAAUUGAAGAUUAUUUUAUUCAAUUGUUCACUAAUGCAAUCGAUAGAAACACACGGGCAUUUCUUAAUCUGCUAGGAGCCGCACGGUGA